AUGUUUACCGAAUUCUGGCAAUCAAGGAGUAUUCUUGCUGGUGAUGGAAGAACAGGGACUUAUAUUGCAUUAGAUAUUCUUUUGGAACAAUUAUGGAAGAAACCAACCAUUAAUAUUUUUUCAUGUGUCAAUCAACUUUGUCAGCAAAGGGCAUUCAUGGUACAAAACAAAAUUCAGUAUCAAUUUAUCCAUGAUAUUUUAGCUGAAGAGAUUUUGACUGGCUUCUCAGAGAUUUUUGUUACUUCCAUUCCUGAGGAGUUUAAGAAACUGCAAACAAACAAAGCAAAUGGGGAAAAAGCAAUGCUUAAAAAGCAAUAUGAGGAAUUCAUAUUUCCAUUGAAUCAAUCUCAUCCAAUAGAAUCAUAUCAAGAGUCAAUGUAUACAAAUGUUGAGGAAAAUAAUGUUUUUGAAGCCAGUUGCAAAACUUUCCAUGAAUCUAUAUUUGUUGAUGGUUUCUUCAUGAAGAAUGAAUUCAUUUUUGAAGCCAGUUGCAAAACUUUCCAUGAAUCUAUAUUUGUUGAUGGUUUCUUCAUGAAGAAUGAAUUCAUGUUAACCCUUCAACCAUCCAAAAACAAUGCAGACAUGUUUUGGAAGCUUAUUUAUGAGAAGAGGUACUCAAUCAUCAUCAUGCUUGAUGAUACACCUAAAAUUGCUUCAGUAUAUUGGCCACAAAAGAUAAACUGUACUGAAGUGUAUGGGUCCAUAAAAGUGGAACUGACAAAUACAGCUGAAAGCAAAACAUUUUUUCAAAGAUAUUUUCAGGUUUCUUCAACUAAACAGAAUGCACUUGAACCAGUUUAUGUUGUUCAAUUCCAGUCCAAAAUUUGGCAAAGAAAGCAGCUUCCUUUUCCAUCUGAUCUCAUUGAACUCAUUCAAACUGUUACUAAUUCUUGUGGACAAGGAAAACAACUUCUUAUUCAAUGCAAGGAUGGCAUCACCAAAAGUAGUAUUUUUUGUGUUCUAUGUGUGAUGAUUUGCAAAAUAAGAAUGAAUGAGAGGGUCAGCAUUUUGAGACUUCUUCGGUCCAUGAAGAAAAAAAAUCCUCAAAUUGUCACUGACUAUGAGUCAUACAAAUUCUGCUGGUCAGUUGCUGAAAUACUGCAAGAUGAAAAUUCGACUUAUUAUUCCCACUGUCAGUCCCAGGAAAUAUCCGAAAUAGUCUAA